GUACGGUCACACCAAUCAUAACUUUUGCAAAUUUUACGCGGUUUAAGUUGCGUCCAAUGUUUUUGAUGAUUUUUGUUCAUUCUUAUGAUGCCUGUGACAAAUGAAAACCCCCCGAUACGAAAGAGAGAUAGCAGUCAUCCCGUUUCCUUCAAGGAGUUUCAGAGGUUGAUUGUGAACUUACCGGAAAUAGCACUCCAGUUGAAGACUGCCGAUGGAGGCAGUAAAACGCUUAACCACUGGACUCGAUGGUACUACGAAGAGUUCUACCGCAACCCCAGCAUUAGGGAGCAGUAUCCGUUUAAGGUGGCGCCAUGUCCCGGGCGGACGCGCACGAACUUGCUAAGAGUGCCCGAGACUGCCACUGCCUCGGAAAGCGAUGCAUCACUUUCCCGCCCAGAAGCGUCACAGCUCCCGGCACCAGAGUCCAAUGCAAUGGCAGAAGAAAACCAGUUGCAUCCCACACCCAAUGGUGUACUUAGAUCAGAGAGCGGUUCAUCACCAGACAGCCACGGUGUUAUUGUUAAAGUGAACAAAUCUGGCUCCUUCCUUUUUCCGGUAUCCUUUAAAACAUUCGAAAGGAACCUCAACAAGUUCGAGGUAUUCAAAAGGAUCGUCAAAAGCCAGGAUUAUUUAAGGCUGGCGGCCGACGACGCGUAUCGAAUGCAGAUCCUUCGAAAGUUCUAUCAUCGCUUUUACAUGCAUCCAGAUAAACGAUCGUCUAAGAACCUAUUCAAGGAAGUGCCAGAGAACCUUUUGACCAGGUUGCUCGAAUCUGGAAGACCGCAUGACGCAACUGCCAUUAAGAGUAUGGCGGAGUAUAAUGCCAAAAAGGCGCUUGAAAACAAAUCCGUCGCCACAUUUGUGUUGUUCAAGGAGAACGUGUCGAAUUUAUCAGACAUUGUGGAGCAAAUGAAGCAAAUGGACCAAAAUUAUGAGGGCAAGGACUUCAACGAGUGUGCCUUUGACUUUUACCUGGCAUUUUACAUAACUCCAGAGAUCCGGGAGAAGUAUAAGUACGAGCUGCUGCCAGGAACUUCGACCAUGCAGUCUCGCAUGCUAGCCAUUCUAAGCAAGAAGUUUACCGAGGAACUCCGGCAAAGUCUGCCGCAACUAGCCAGUCCUUCGCCAGCUCUUCAACUGCCCGAGUACAAAGGUCCUGAGAAGUCUUCAGAAAAAUCUGAAGCUGAGGAAGAAGUCCAAACAAGAUCUCAAGAAGUCAUAGAGUCCGCUCAAGAAUUCAAGAGUCCCGAGAAAUUUUCUGAAGAAGCUAAAGCUGUAUCAGAAAACAAAACAACUUCUCAGAAAGCCAAAGAGUCAGCUGAAGUUCCAGACUCAAUUACCAUGGAUGUUGACGUCGAACUGCCGCAGUUAGCUCUUCCUUCGAAAGGACCUGACCAGCCCAGGAGUACGAAUCCUGAGAAGUCCCCAGCAAAAGCUAAUAAGAGUAAAGUUGUACAGUCCAUUAGCAUGGAAGUUGCCGUUGAACUCACGCAGAUAGCUAUUUCUUCGCCAGGACUCGAACUUCCCAGGUCUAAGACUCCUGAGAGGUCCCCAGUUAACGCUAAUAAUGUUAAUCAAGUUGUAGAGACCAUCAGCAUGGAUGUUGAGGUCGAACAGCCGCAGUUAUCUAUUCCUUCGGAGGCACUCGAACUACCCAGGUCAAGCACUCCUGAGAGGUCCCCAGCAAAAGCUAGCAAUGUGAAAGAAGUUGUAGAGAUCAUAAGCGUGGAUAUUGUCGUCGAACCUCCUCAGUUAGCAAUUCGUUCGCCCAGACUCGAACUUCCCAGUUCCAAGACUCCCGAGAGGUCCCCUGCUAAAGCUGAUCGUGUAAAUGAAAUUUUAGGGAGUCCUUCUUUUGAGACUGAUGUUGAAGUGAGCAUUGGAAAGUGGGGCCGCUUUAUGUUUCCUGUUUCUUAUGACACAUUUCGGCAAUACAUUAAUUACGACGAGAUUAUCCCUCUUAUUCUUAAGAAACAUUACGCUCAGGACGAGACUGGACUAAAGCAGUUAAUUGCUGAUCCGUCGAAUCCACAGUGCAAGAAGCUUUUUCGCCAGUCGUACAAUCGAUUCUAUGUACAUAACGAGAAAUUUCGCAAGAAAAUACCUUACAAAUUUAAGUGCACGGAUUCCAAGAUGCUGAAUAAGUUGCUAGAAAGCGCAAAACCUUUGGAUGAACCAGCCUCAAAAACCUUGUCUCUCUUUGCCGCAGAAGAUAAAAAGAAUAUUUCGAAGGCAACCGAAAUCCAAGUGACUUCUCCUCUCGAGAAAUCGUUACAGCAGAGUUUGCCAUGUCAAAAACAACCUGAUUCCCAGGAUCGUUGCACCACGGUGAAACCCUGCGAGGAAGGACAAGAGGCGUCAAGCAGUCAAGCGGCUUGCAGCAGUUCCAAUAAAGUGACAGAGAAAACCAAAGAUGUUUCCGGGGAAAGACCACAAAUACCUGAAUGCGCAGCGAAAGUAGACAGCCACACGGAUGAUUUUACCGAUCAAAAGCCAGGAGAUAAGUCUCAUAAAAAUCCUGUGUCCUUCAAAGUGUUUAGACACCAUGUAAGAAAUCUGGAUGAAAUCGCUUCUGCAAUGCUCUUGUGUCCCGAGUACAAAGGAAAAUCCAAGGAGAGUGUUAUUCAGGAAUAUUACCAGGGCUUCUAUUCCGGACAGGAAAUGCGGGACAAGUUUGUUUGCCGAUUUAAACCAUGUCCCAGCCAAAUGCUGGAAAAGUUACUACGUUUUCCACAGAACAAUAAAGAGGUAAGUUCAAGGGGACCAGAAUGCCAAGAUGUUUGUGCACCAGAGAAACCCAGCGAGGAAAGUCAAGAGAAGCCACACAGCCAAGCGGUUUUUGCCAUCCCCAGAAAUGUUAUACCGAAAAGAAAAGAAAGCACGCAAACAACAAAAGGCGAAAAGAAUGAGACCAUGACGAUAGCUAACCAAUCGCUGUUUGGCAAUCUAUCCAAGUCCACUUUGUUAGCCUCUAAGGGUUCAGUUGAGCAAAUCGAAUCGAGAAAUGAACAAGCAGUCGUGAAACCGGCUCAAAUUUCAGAUGAAUGUAACGCAGCCAGGAUUUUAGAACUAAAUAGCAAACCAGAGGUUGAUGCGGUUGAAUUCGAAGCCCACAAUUUAUUUACCUAUUUGUUUGAUGGUAACACCUCCCCGGAAAUUCAAGCUUCUCUUAAAAUUCAAUUCGAGGACUUCCGCUUGGCUCAAAAGGAAAUGUUACAAUCCGAUACCAAUCCUGAGAAAGCUGCAACAAAUGUUACAAAGGAAAAUGAUUCUGUACCAAAAUCAAAUCCCAUGGAGGUCGAUACAGUCAGCAGAGAUCGUGAAACAGCAGUUGAAACUCAAUCACCCACCACGCUAAGCACUGACUCUAAAGAAGAUGAGUUACAGAGCAGUUUAAAGCCACCAAUAGUUGAAGAAGUUCAGACAAAUAAAAAGGAGAUCCAGGAUGAAACCUCCAAUAAUCAGGAAACUAACCUGAACAGUUCAAAGAACGCAUCAGAAAAUAACUCCAGAGAAGUACCGAUGAGAGCAGAUGGAAAUCCUGCAGUUGAACCGAGCUUACCUCAAAAAACAGAAAAUGAAAUCCUACUCGGGCAAGCGAGGGAUAUAUUUUUCGCUGAAAAUGACAAGGAUCACAAUAUGAGGUAUAUGAUCUGCACAAGCCAAGGCCUAAUGAGAACCAUUUGGCGCAUACUCUACCAACUGACUCUUGAGGAAUUCUCCCAAUACACGAGCAUCCACGACGCGGAGGCCUUGUACAAUUGCGAUGAAGACUUACAGCUCUGCUUCCGCCAUGUCGUAUCUCUUGGCAACUGGCCAAUAAAUCUGUACGUCCGUUUGGGAUUUUUAAAGCAGCUUCUCCACAGUAAAGGAGUGCAGCUGGAAAAGCUGGAACUGUCCCAUAUAUCGCCCAAAAUACUCAGCCCGUGGGAGCUAGGUUCCUACUCGGAUUUCGACAAAAUCGUUGAACAGGAGUACACAUAUCACACCGGCGAGAUAAUCGAUGACGUCGUUCAGUUGUGUCAGGAGAGGGAGAAACUAUAUGCGGCUUGUUGGACACAAAAUAAAUGGAUUUCACGAGUACCUCAAAUAGCGGAAGAGGUACUGAAUGCGGAAAUGGGAGAAGCUGACCCUUCACUCGAAGGGAUUUCAUUAAGGUCAAUUUGUGGUCUGAAAAGCCAAGAUGUAAAUAGCCCAAACGAAGUUGUUUCAAUACCCUCAAGCUUUGAUACAGUGUGUGAGGAAACCGCAUGUCCGCCCACUCAGCUCAACAGUUCCAACUUUAUAGACGUGGAAGGUGUGGACCCAGCUUCCCAAGUGACACAACUGGCGGACGAUCCACUAACACCCGAGGAAACCGUAUCAGAAACUCCUCCUAAGGAGGAGAUACCAACGUCGACAACUCUGGUGACGGUUAAGAAGGAGCCUAUAAGUCUGCCCAACAAUCAACGUGCCACACUUUCUCAAUCCGAUGAUUGCCAAUGGGAGGAAAUUUCGUCCCAGGAGCAAGUAAUAGACUUGGAUGCCAGUCAAAAUGAAGGGUCGAGUUUGUCCUGCUUUGCAAUCCCAAAACCAAAGGAAAAGGCGCCAGAAGUGAACCUAAAUUUGAUUAUGAGUGAAACUGACAGCGAAACUGAUGAGAACUCAAAUAAGUUGGAAGUCCCAUCCUCUAAAGAGAGGCUGGCCAAUGCAGUUCCAACGCGCGAUCAAUCCAAGUCCGCGCAGAUUCAGAUUCCUGUAGUUCUGGGAAAAAGACGGUCACCAUCCGCAGAAUUGGCCAGUAAGCGAAUUAAACUGGUUAACGAGAAGGUUCCCCAGCUGCGACAUGAGUUCCAGCCGCUGCCGAUUGGUGUUAUGGUUCGUAUCGAAUCGGGCGCGAAUAAAGCACCUGACUGUCAAGUAACUACAACGCCAGCAGAGCCGGCGCCUAAUCCUCAAAAGAAUUCUACGCCGCAGCCAGAGGAGGCUAUCAUCACUCCCUCGCAGGACUUCGCCGCUGGAAACACAAUCCUGGAAUGCACCCAGCUGCAGCACUUGCUGGACUCCACGAAUGUCAACACUCGCCAGGUAAAUGAAGAAACUACUGAUACAGUUUUGGUCGAGGUUCGUGCGGCGGAGACCUUUGGCGGUUCCCCUCUUCAACACAGUGUUGUAUUCCGCGACCUGGAUCGCUUCUGUUUCUUUAACCGGCUAACUGUUCAGCAAAUCAUGAAGUAUCGCAUCGAAGGACACCUACCGGGUGCCACUUAUCUGGAAGCAUUGGUCAAGAUCGACGGACGGCUGUGCAACGUGCGUGGUCCUCUGUUGAGCUGCCUAUUCCCCCACCUCUCUCCUGAAUCGCUAUCUGAUUUGGAGUAUGUGCUGCGGGACUUGGGAGAGUAUCUGUACAAAUGGAGCUGGCCAAGACAUAAAGAUAAAACCGUGGAUAUCCGCACACGAGUUCUAACCGUGUUUAUAAAUGUGAGCCCGAAUUUCGGGCCAUUUCGCAUUCAGUACGAUAAUGAAACCAGGGAAUGGGGUACCUGCAUCGAAGUUGCCAAUGAUGAAGAGCCGGAGAUCGAGGAGCGAGAGACCAGCUGCAACGUCACCGACUUCAUAAGCCCGCGCAUCCUGAGUCGGAUCCGGGAAUUAAAGCAGCUGAUGGAUUGAAACUGAUCAAAUAAAGCUUUAUCUUUAACUUGUUAUUUAUUUA